AUGCCGUUCGGAGAGUGCACUAUCACACUGCAGGACGUGGCAUACCAGCUGGGUUUGCCAGUGGACGGGCGUUACGUCAGCGGCUGCCUAUCAGAGUUCCAUAUAUACAUCGAGGGUGGCCGUCCAGCCUGGGUUUGGUUCGAGGAGUUGUUUGGAGUGGUACCUCCUCCUAGCCAGGUUCAGAAGUACGCGGUCAACUGCAGCUGGUUUCAGGAGACGUUUGGUGAGUGCCCGGAGGGAGCUGAUGAGGAUACUGUGCGUCGUUAUGCCCGUGCGUACAUCAUGAUGUUGUUGGGCACGCAGCUUUUUGCGGACAAGUCGGGCAACCGCGUUCACAUCAGAUGGCUUCCGUUUGUAGCUAGGCUGGAGGAGAUGGGGACCUACAGCUGGGGUUCUGCAGCACUGGCAUGGUUGUACCGGUGCAUGUGCCGUGUGGCGAACAGAAAUGUUAUCAAGCUAGCGGGCCCACUUCAGCUACUUCAGUCAUGGAUUUUCUGGCGAUUUCCUCGGUUUAGGCCUGCAGGAUUUGAGACGUUCAGCUGGCCAUUGGCCUCGAGGUGGUCAGGUUACAUCCCUUCCAGUAGCGAGAAGGGUCCUAGAGUUCAGACGUGGAGGCUCUGGAUAGACCGGUUGCAGGAUAGAGAGGUCAGUAUGUUACUUAAUAAGUUUUUUUAUUUAACCACAAUUUACGAGUUAGGAUCACGAGUUGCCCUGACAUUGUAUCGUUCUGGGUGCAGUUUAUCUGGAUGCCGUACAGUAGCCCUGACGUACUUCAGAUCGUGCAUCCCGAGGUUUUGGAGCCUCGGCAUAUGGUGUUGUGGCGGUCUGUUACAUCGCUUAUCUACUUUGCCGUCAUAGAGUGGCAUCAGGUAGACAGGAUUCUUCCGCAGUUUGGAGGGGUGCAGCCCCGUCCACAGGCCGCCCUGAACAUCGACUUUCUGAUGUCGAAGGACGGCAGAGGCGGCGAUCGAUGGUUCCCGUCCCAUUUGCAGAAGUGGCAUCAGUAUUGGGACGACCGUACGGAGAGCGUGCUGAGAUUCGAUGUUGUUGCUGACCCUGGUCCGUCGCAUCAGUUCUUGGAUUGGUGGAGUCAGCACGGGAAGAGGUUUUUGUCUCCGGAUCCGCA